AUGCUAGAAACCAUCGAAAGCGAGAUAGACCAGUUACCGCCGGCUGCGGUGACCCGGUCGAUGUCGAGAAGUGUGGUAAACGACGGGGAACAGCCGAAUGUGGAGCCCGGAACCAAGGAUGCAACGUGGAUCAACUUUAAUUCGACGACGCGCCAGUAUGCGACCCAACCAAAAGCGCAGAAACCGACUCGCAAGCGGAAGAAAACCGACGCCCCCACGGCUGUCCAGCCAAAUGGCACCCCAAACAUUGAAUUUACAGGCAACAGCGAUGGACGCCCGAACAAACUUGACGAAAUUGCAUGGCUUAUAACCGAGCUGAAAGGAAUAAUUGCACAACAAGGCCAGGCGGUGGAGACUCUCAAAACAUGCUGUGAAGAGUUAAAAGCAGACCAGAAAGAGUUAAUCAGGCAAAACUCGAACCUUAAAGAUGAGAUAACUGCUCUGAGAACCCAGGUGACACAUAAACCGGAUCAACGAUCUUGGGCAUCAAUUGCCUCCAACAGCGGAACGAAUGGCGAAUCCUCAACCCCUCCACCGGCCCCAACGCCCGCGCCUACAAAAGCUGACAGGAAAGACCCCCCGCUCUGCGUCCGUAUCAGUGCGGCACAGGCUUCCGACCCCAUGGAAUAUGGAGGGUCCCUCACAAGAUAUCUCCCCGUGGAAGAGGUCAAAGCGAGGGUCACAGACGCCCUACAGAAGAAUACGCCAACCGAAGGAGUCGAGAUCAUCGGGGUAGGAACCACAAAAACAGGGUACAUCAUCCGCUUCCGGGAUGAAGUCUCCAAAGACACUGCCACCGUGAACGAGGGGUGGCUCCGGAACCUGGGAAGCCAGACAAAGCUGGUCAGACCCAGAUUUGGUGUGGUAGUACACCGAACACCCACACAUGAAGUCGACACCGAGGACAAACCACAAAGCAUGAAGAAGAUAACAGAGGAAAAUGAGCUCGCCCAAAAGGGAUACAAGGUAGAAGAAAUCGCAUGGCUCAAGAAGAGGGAAUCCACGCUGGGCGCGUCGGCAUCACUUGGAAUAUGGUUCGAUAGUGCGGAAGCUGCCGAAUGGGCGGUGCCUGGCCUUCGGCCACCUGGCCUGGAACUGCAAAGAGAGACUACGAUACUGCGCAGAACGCCACCCGACAGGAGCAACAGAGUGCAAAUCGAGAGCCAAUAUCACCAUCCUUCAAUGUUAACACAGAAACUGCGGAUUUUACAACUGAACGCCAACAAAAAACGUUCGACCAUGGAAGCACUCCUCAAUGACCGCAAAAUUGGAGAUUUGGAGGUGCUACUCGUACAAGAACCCCCUUUCACAUAUUAUACAACACCAAUACAACACCCACAUUGGAGGGUGUUUCAAACAUCAUGCACCGAAACACACGCCACGGGGCGCAGUCUAAUAUAUGUCAACAAGCGCAUAUCAACCUCGGCAUACCGGCAAAGGCGGUGCCACAGCCCAGAUGUAACAGCAAUCGAGCUCCAGAUAGGAGAGAGCCAGAUCUUAAUUUUCUCCACAUACAUCCCGCCAUUCGACCCGGCAGACAACCCGAUACACCAGACCUUAAACGAAAUCAGCCGGACAAUCCGGCUCUCGCCCGCAACCACAUUGAUCAUCGCAGGGGACUUCAACCGACAUCAUCAGAUGUGGGGUGGAAUCCAGGUGAACCGAAGACGAGCCCGAGACACCGGGGGCCUCCUGGACUUCAUACAGGCUCAAGAACUCCAUAGCUGUCUCCCACCUGGCACUGCCACCUUCUGGUCAGCGAGCCACCCAGGCACAUACUCCACACUCGACCUCACACUCAGUAACGUCCCACACCAAUUACUCAAAUGCCACCCCUACCGAGACAACUACGGCUCCGACCACCUAGCGAUCUACUCAGAAUGGGAUCUGCAACUGAAACAGAAAGAUCCAAGCCAGCCACGCAGACUUUUCGACCAAGCGAACUGGGAAGAGAUUGGCAAAGCUGUAGAGAAGGCGAUCCCUACACCACGGAUCGAAUCAACAACUCAGCUAGACGGAAUAGUUGGCAGAUUAAUCACAACGACAAUAGCAGAAAUAGACAAGCACACCCCGCACGCAAGACCAUCUCCUUACGCCAAACGCUGGUUCAGCCGAGACCUGAAAACACAGCAGUCCGAGUGCAACAGAAGCCGAAGGAGGUGGCAGGCCAGUUGCGUUGAGCGGGGAAGCGACCACCCAACCACCCAAGCCCUACACACGGACGCGCUGCGGAAGCGCAGGGAAUGGACUCGAACAAUAGAAAAAGUCAAGCGAGAGCACUGGAAAGAAUUCCUCGACAAAUCGAGUGCGGGCAACCACCUUUGGAAAGCAGCAGGAUACAUCUGCCCCUCAGACAAUCACGCCAACAUUCCGCCCCUGGUAGUUGAGGACACUGAAUAUGCCGACAACAAAGACAAAGCUCAAAUACUACUGAACAGUUUCUUUCCUCCAGCUACAUUCUCGCCGAGAGAACCCCCCACCCCAACCCGGGAGGAACUGCCCUGGGAGCCGAUCACGGAGGAAGAGAUCCUGGCAACGCUGGCGAGGACCAAAAGCAAAUCAGCCCCCGGGAAUGACGGUCUCCCAGCAUUAGUGUGGAAGAGUCUAUGGAAAUACCUGUCGAAACUCAUACACCAGAUCUUCGAAGCAUCAAUCAGACUGGGACACUACCCAACAAGUUGGAAGACUGCGGUGAUUGUAGUACUACGGAAACCUGGGAAACCGGACUACACGGCCCCUGGAGCAUACCGCCCGAUCUCCCUCCUUAACACACUGGGAAAGGUCCUGGAGGGAGUGAUCGCGAAACGCCUUACAUACUACACAGAGAAAUAUAACCUCCUCCCAAACGCACAAUUCGGAGCCAGACCAGGCAGAACUACGGAACAGGCACUUCUAAUCCUGGCCAGCGCCAUCGACCAGGCCCGGAAACGCGGUAGGGUCCUGACCCUAGUCUCCUUUGAUAUCAAAGGGGCCUUCAAUGGGGUAAAUAAAGACACAUUGGAGGCCAGGCUCAGAGAGAUGGGAAUCCCUCAGAUAGCGCGCAGAUGGGUCCAGAGCUUCAUGGGAAACAGGUCCGCCAAUAUCAAAUUCGACGAUUUCAGCACCGAGGUAGCCUCGCUUCCUAACGCUGGCCUUGCCCAAGGAUCUCCCCUCUCCCCAAUCCUCUUCACCAUCUUCAACUCGGACCUGGUCGACCAACCGGUAGACCACAAUGGAGGCGCAUCCGCCUUUAUAGAUGAUUAUUUCCGCUGGAGAACCGGACCAAACGCAGAAAGUAAUCUGCAAAAGAUCCAACAGAUAGAUAUCCCUAGAAUCGAAGAAUGGGCGAGACGGACCGGCUCACGGUUCUCGGCCGAGAAGAUGGAGCUGAUCCAUUUCACCGGAAGAAAAAGAGACCAAACAACGGGGUCCAUCACGAUGAAUGGACACACCAUCUCACCAUCACCAGAGGUCAAGCUCCUGGGAGUAUAUUUUGACCAGGAACUAAAAUGGAAAACACACACACAAUAUAUGGUCAAGAGGGCCACCAACACAUGCGUCGCCAUCGGACGCCUAUCCCACCUACGGCCAGAACAGAUGAGGCAGCUCUACAUUGCCUGUGUAGUCCCCAAAUUGACAUACGCCUCCACGGUAUGGUACAACCCCUUAAAGGGAGCCACGCAAGUCAAGGCUCUCACCAAGGUCCAGCGAACGGCCCUGAUCAGGAUCCUGUCCACAUUCCGAACGGUGGCAACACAAACUCUUGAAAUGGAGGCGCACAUCCCCCCCCUACGCGCCCGGCUGCGACAGCGAGCCCGGGAUGUUGUCAUCGGCCUCCGCACACUCCCACAAUCCCACCCGAUACAUGGGCCCCUCAGGAGGGCCAUGGCAGGUGCAACCUGCAAUGGAGACAGACGUUACUACCCACUAGAGGACACGAUGAGAAUGUUCCACAGGGAGGAGAUGGAACCAAUAGAGACAAUCGACCCAUGCCCCCCGGAACCAUGGCAGAAGCCAGUAUUCAAAGGCAUCUACCUCGACUCCGACAGGGCCAGAGCCAUAGAGAGAGCUACGAAAAUAAUGGAAAACCCAGCCAAGGCAGUCUUCACUGAUGCCGCAAAGGAGAACUCGGCGCUUGGAGCAGCGGCGCUGAUCAUGGACGAAUCAUACCACAUCCAGUAUGGCAUACAAGUUGGUGUUGGGCGAGAAAAGCACUGGACUGUCACAACGGCUGAGCUGCUAGCAAUAUACCAUGGACUCUACCUGGUAUGGAGAUCUCACUCAAGUGAGGGGACACCGCCCCCCCACCAACGCCACACAUACACCAUCCUCAGCGACUCCCGUACCGCUCUUCGAGCCAUCGCAAACGCCUCAAAACAAGUCGGAGGACAGAUAAUCCAGAACAUUCUGCACACAACAAAAGAGCUGAGAUCCAUAGGCGUAGACCUCUGCCUCCAGUGGGUACCAGGGCACAGUGGAAUCAAGGGAAAUGAAAUGGCCGACCAGCUCGCCAAGCAGUCAAUCAACCCAAACCCAACGCAUGGUUUCCCAAAGCCUGCCUCACACCUUAGGGAAGCCAGCCGCAACAGCACCACACAGGAGUGGAGAGAUGAAUGGUCCUCAACGGCAAAGGGGACUCACCUGCGGAAGAUAGACGCAGCCCUCCCGGGCCGACAUGCCCGCCGUCUAUAUGCCACCCUUCCAAGGCCUCGAGCAAGACUCCUGGCGCAACUCAGAACGGGCCACUCAUGGCUGAAUGAAUUCCGAAACCGAAUAAAAUACGCUGACGACAACAAAUGUGAAUGUGGAGCAAAAGAAUCGGUCCAUCACGUCCUAGUAGACUGCCCGAGACUGCAGCAACAACGUCGGGUUCUGCGACAAAAGAUCGGGGACAGGUUCAACAAUAUCUCCCUGAUGCUAGGGGGUAAACCACCAAACUGGACAAUAAAUGGGACGGAAUGGAAAAUCAGUAGGGGAGACCUCGAUGCGAUCCUAGACUUCGCUGAAAGCUCGGAAAGAUUCCAAGGCAGAGACAACUAG